AUGGCGCCAACUCCACCUUCGCAGCUAGCGCCGGUGACGAAGCGCUGCAAGUACAAGACAAUGACAAUGGCGCAGAAAGCUGCUGUCGUACAGCUCAUACAGAACGGCCGGUCACAGGUUGAGGUAGCCCGGGAAUUCGGCAUUUCGAAGCAAACUAUCUCGGGCUACGUCAAGAAUAAAGCCAAGAUUCUUGGAGCGACCGAGAAAUGUGCUACGGCCGAGAAGAAAAACCUCCGUCAAGGCACAUACCCCAAACUUGAAGAGGCUCUAAAUAUCUGGUUAGGCACCAUGGUUACGCAGCGCAUUCCCAUAUCUGGUGACCUACUGAAACAAAAGGCCGACACCCUCACGCUACGGAUGGGAAUCGUAGGCUGCAAGUUCAGCGACGGCUGGCUCCGCAACUUCAAGAAGCGAUACGACCUCGUCUUUAAGAAAAUGUGCGGCGAAAGUGGUGCUGUGGACAACACGUUGGUCACGAAUUACCGCACUGACCAGCUGCAGACCUUGCUCAGCCGAUACUCGCCGGACGAUGUCUUUAACUGUGACGAGACCGGACUAUUUUAUAAGCUUCUGCCAGAGAAGACGCUUGCUGUUUCCGGAGAUCCUUGCCAUGGUGGGAAGCACAGUAAGGAACGGGUUACUGUUCUUUUAGGCGCAAACAUGUCCGGAAGUGAAAAGCUACCGCUUUUGGUUAUCGGAAAGUCUAAAAACCCGAGAUGCUUUAAAGGCAUUAGAAGUUUGCCCGUGUUGUAUGAAGCCAACACGAAAGCCUGGAUUACGCAGCAGUUAUUUGAAGGCUACGUGCGCAGGCUCGAUAGAAAAUUUGAGGCACAAAAGCGCAACGUGCUGCUUUUUGUUGAUAACUGCGGUGCCCAUGGCCUGAUCAAUAAUUUGAAGGCAAUUCAAAUCGAAUUUUUGCCACCAAAUACCACGAGCGUCCUCCAACCCAUGGAUCAGGGCAUCAUCAAGAACCUAAAGGUGUUUUACCGGUCACGCCUGCUACGUCGCAUGGUGCUGUGCAUCGACAGUGGCAAAAGUUACAGCGUGGAUUUGUUGUCAGCUGUUCACAUUGUUGCCGAUGCCUGGAAGGCACUGACAGCAGGCACAAUCCACCGCUGUUUCAGCCACGCAGGAUUUGUUGCCGGCGUUGAAUCGGACGCUGCAACGCAGGACCCUGCACCUGAACUGCCAGCUACUGUGCCGGACGUGAGCGGAGACGAGUUGAUAGAAGACCUGCGAAGCAGCGGCGUGCCCAUUCCGGCCACAUUGAACUUCGGAAACUUCGCUAAUGUAGACAGUGCCACAGUGUCCUGUGCCGAGCUCACUGACGAGGAAAUCGUUAAUGAAGUGCUCGCGCCCGUGGAAGAAGACUCCGACUCUGAGGAAAACGCAACGUGUGCUGUGGGGCCAACGAAUGGAGACCUUGCGCAAGCCCUCGCGGUGCUUUCGUCGUGCUUCAGCGAGGACGUGACGCUUGGCCAAAUUCAAGCAGAUUUGGUUCUGCGCAAGCGGAAUACUGUUCAACAAAGCAUUGAACAGUUUUUUCAGCCUCAGGUGCUGUAA